AUGUUGCAUAUGAUUCUGUUCAUUGUAGGCACGUCUCCCAGUGGUGCACACUUACAGCCAUGGAUGUUUGUUGUCAUUCAGGAUAAAGAUAUCAAGUCACUUAUAAGACAGAUCGUUGAAGAUGAGGAACAUCUAAACUACCAGAAGAGAAUGGGUGUGCAAUGGGUCAACGAUUUAAAGCAACUGAAAACAUCUUGGCAGAAACCAUAUAUCGAAACAGCCCCGUACUUAAUUUUGGUUUUUGAACAAGUUUAUGGUACAAGGACAGACGGCAGCAAGCAGAACCACUAUUACAGUAGAAUUAGCACCUCCAUAGCAUGUGGGAUUUUGCUGACUGCUCUACAGAAUGUUGGUCUGUGCACAGUGACAUCUACUCCACUCAAUGCAGGACCAGCGAUACGAAAGUUGGUUGAGAGGCCAUCAAAUGAAAAGUUAUUAUUACUACUGCCGAUUGGUUAUCCUGCUGAUAAUGCCAUGGUCCCAGUUCUUCAAAGAAAACCCUUGAAUGACAUUAUGAUUGUGAUUUGAGAAGAGAAUACUAGUAUUUCAAUGUUGAAUUUGUAGGUCUUUUCUUGCAUAGUGCUUCUUAAAGAUUACUUGUAAAGUAAACAGUUUGUAAUUAAACAUCUUUCUUUCAACCAGCUCUUUACAAUAAAUAGAUGGGGUAU